AUGCUAGACUUGGAAUCAGAUGAAGAAGGCGAGACUGAUCCAUUUUAUGCUGGCGGAGAUGACGAACAAAAUGAUCCAGAUUUUUUGCCAAAUGUUGAAUUCGAUUCGGAUUAUGAGGACAUCGAUGAAACUUCGGCAGAGAUGUUGGGACCAAUUGAAAGUUUGCCUGAACCUGAUGAAGUUGAAAGUGAUAUUGAUCAAGAAUCAACGACUCCAGUUUCAAAUGACGUAUGUUUUCUUGCUCAUAAUGGUCGAAAAUGGAUGAAAGAUCCGGAGACAGCAGCUCUGUCUCGUGUUCAAGGAAGCAAUGUUUUCAAGCCUGGUGGAACUGUUGGAUCUACGAUUAAUUUGAAAAACUCGUCUCUUAUCCAAAUUUUUAAUCGAAUUUUUAACCUGGAUAUGAGAAACGAAAUCAUAAAACGGACAAACGAAAAGGACAAUGAUAUCUACGAAAAAUUAAAUGCAAAGCGAACAGAGCAACGUUUUUGGAAGCCUUUAAAUAUGAAUGAACUGCAGGCAUACUUUGUGGUUUUGCUUUACAUUGGAACAAUGAAAGAUGGUCACCGCCGUCUGCGUACACUUUGGGAUCCAAUACAUGGCCAUACAAUUCUUCGCGCUGUGAUGUCAUUUACACGCUUUGAGGAGUUGAAUUUAUUUUUGCGAUUCGAUGAUUCAAUUGGCCGUCGAGGACAAUCAGCCGCAAAAAAAAACAUUCUCCAGCCCGUUGAAUUCCUUUUGAAAGAAUUGAAUCAAACCUUGACAUCAAAUUACAUUCCAUCCGAAAAUCUAACCAUUGACGAGCAAUUGAAAGCCUUUCGUGGGCGCUGUAAGUUUCGUCAAUAUAUGCCAAGCAAACCUGCUAAAUAUGGUAUCAAGUUUUGGUGGCUCAAUCAGAGUUCAACUGGAUAUCCAUUGCAAUUUUCAAUAUACACUGGCAGUAGUGAUCAAAGUGUAGGCCUUGGCCGUGGAUACGAUGUUGUGAUGUCAUUGAUGCCGAGAUAUUUUCACACCGGAAGGAAUCUUACAGUGGAUAACUUUUUUACUUCUGUAAAUUUGGCACUAAAGUUAUUGGACAAAAAAAUUACUCUUCUUGGGACUAUUCGCAAAAACAAACGCGACAUUCCCAAACCAUUUGUUGUCAAGGAACUCCUAAAUGAGUAUGAUAUACCAAUCAAAAUAAACAACAAAAAACAAUACCGUCCACUUUAUUCUUCACUUUGUGGAUUUUCGGAGAAAAUGGCAUUGGUUUCAUAUGUUCCAACACCCAGGAAACAAGUUGUGCUGCUUUCAACACAGCACAUUGUUGAAAAGGCAGUUUUCGGACCUCAAAAUAAACCUCUCAUGAUAUUGGACUAUAACAGAACAAAAGGAGGAGUCGACGUGUUUGACCAAAUGGUAUCUAUACACUCAUGUUCUCGUCAAACCAAUCGGUGGCCCAUGGUUGUUUUUUACAAUUUGUUGGAUGUUUCAGCUUUAGCCACAGUUAUUAUUUUUCGCCAUUUUAACCCUCCUUCAAAAAAUAUAAAGGUAUUUAGAAACGAGAAGCUUAUCCAACUUGCACAAGAACUAAUGGAAAAGGAGUUGGAUGAUCGUUCGCAUCCUUCAAUGGAAAAGUUACAAAGCCAGAUGCCAUCUUUGUCCGAGAGCAGACGACAGGAAAUCGAGGUCAACUUGUGA